AUGUUAGCAGCCGAAGAACUAGGUGGACCAAUCGUAGGAGAAAUGCUCGACGUAACACCCGAAGCCCUCAUCGCCGGUUUCAGCACCCAAGGGAAACCCAAAAAACCAAAAGAAAAUCCAAAUAUAGAUAAACGUCAACGAAGAAUUGAUGAAAUAUGGGGUCCUAAACCUUCACUUGAUGAAAAUGGAGAAGAUGAAGAAGAGGAAGAAUGGAAUGAAACACGUGCUGCUGGUGCAGAAAUGCGGGAAUUAGCUGAGCAGUUAUUAAAUGGUUUAUUAGAAGCUGAUGAUCAUGGGACGGAUGGAUAUGUAACGCUUGAGAGGGAUAGUGCAGCAGCGAGAUUUUUGGUCAGGAGUAAAGUCGCUCAGUAUCAUUUUAAGGAUGCGAGGAAGUUGAAGUUGAUUGAUUUUGAAAAAGAUAUUAUCUGA